GUUUGUACCCGCUUAUGCUGGGGCUGUCAAUCAAGAUGCGCACGAGCUACUGCAGGUGCAAAACUGGACUCUGGGCUAGGCGCUGCUGGGAAGCCGAGGAUCAAACACACAGUUCAUGAUGGCGUCUGCAAAUGCCACAUACGGACAGAAGGAGUCCUCGGACCAGAACUUUGAUUACAUGUUUAAAAUCCUCAUCAUUGGCAACAGCAGCGUAGGAAAGACUUCCUUCCUUUUCCGCUAUGCAGACGAUUCGUUCACGCCAGCCUUUGUCAGCACAGUGGGCAUCGACUUCAAGGUGAAGACCAUCUACAGGAACGACAAGAGGAUAAAGCUGCAGAUAUGGGACACUGCUGGCCAGGAGCGCUACAGGACAAUCACCACAGCUUACUACAGGGGAGCCAUGGGCUUCAUCCUCAUGUAUGACAUGACCAACGAGGAGUCCUUCAAUGCCGUUCAAGACUGGUCAACCCAGAUCAAGACAUACUCAUGGGACAAUGCCCAGGUCCUCUUGGUGGGGAACAAGUGUGAUAUGGAGGAUGAACGAGUGGUGGCCUCCGAGAGGGGCAGACAGCUGUCGGAACAGCUGGGCUUUGAGCACUUCGAAGCAAGUGCUAAAGAUAAUAUUAAUGUGAAGCAGACCUUCGAACGGCUGGUGGACAUCAUCUGUGAGAAGAUGUCAGACAGUCUGGACAACAACGACCCGACUGUUACUGGUUCUAAACAGGGACCGCAGCUCAGCGAGCAGCCACAAAGGUCCCAUCAGGAUUGUGCUUGCUAAACAUGACCACACACACACACAAUGUCUGCUGUCCUAAAAACCCACACAACCUUUUUUAGGUUUGUCUCUAACUUUCUUUUUCUUUCUCAUAUACACAGUUAUUACACACACACACACACACACACACACACACACACACACACACACACUGCCAUACAGAGAAACACAACCCGACUGCUUUGACUCUCCAGCCCUCUCUCUACACUAAGAGCAUUCUCCACAUGAACCCCACACUUCAGUGGUACAGAGAUUAUGUGAUGGUUCUAAUUUAGUUAUAGGGGUGAAGAACAAUUAACCGAGGUACAAUCCCAACUCCUCUUACUUGAACACACACACACAAUUUUUAUCUUAACAGACAUAUAAGAGGCCAGGAAGGCUGAAACUCAAUCAUUCCUUGUUGACGUGUCUGCAAUUGGGUUUUACUAUAAGAGGAUGUGGAUCCUCCAAUCACAGGCCCCACUCGGCAGUAACGUCUCAAACCUAAAUGGAUACAAAUUAGUUUUACUUUCAGUUCCAUUGGAAAUAUUGAUUUGCUACUGUGAUAGCAUUGCUGUUUUUCUUUUGAGUUUGUGGGUGUGGUUUUGAGCAUGUGAAAUCACUGGCCCUUGUCAGUGUUGUGAUUGAGUUUCUACAAAUAGUUACGGUCCAAGUUUGAUGUCCAAAUGGGGUCAUUUGAAAGUUGGUUUUCUUCUUUUAAUUUUAGGAACAAAUAUAAGAAUAACAAAGGUCAUGAUUAUCUGUUUAAUAAUAAUAAUAAUAAUUUUAGCAAAAUUGGAUGGCAAUGGCAAUCUUUUUUUAAGACAUUCUACAAAAUAGAAAGAUAUGGGAAGUCUCACCAACUCAUGAGAAGAGUGUAUAAAUAUUUAAACGUCAAUAGAUAUGUGGAUUUAAUACAUAUACCUAAAUAAGUAUAUUAUACAAUAAUGAUAUAGGGUUCUGUGCUUCAGUGAGAGGUUCAUGAUGUUUUUAACCGAUUCUGGUCGGAUGGUCAUUUGUAUGAGCUGCUGUCUGAAUUAAACUCGUCUGUCCUACAGUAUCAGUACUUGGAGGUACAAAAUGGGGCUAAAGGUUUCACAAGUUAAGACCACAACCCCAUUCUCAUUGUAUUGACUGUCAUUUACUGUGUGCAACAUGCACUCACUAGAAAGGCAUUUGAGCACAGACCUCUCCAUCAACUUCAGAUAGUCACUUAUGUCUUGGUGGAAGAUAUUUUCAUAUCUACGUUAUGGGAUAGCCGUAUGUUUUUAAGCAUGUUAAAUGUCAAAUUGUGAGUUCUCUCUUUGAUGCAACGGUUUGAGAUUUGUCUGCUCGUGUAAUACACUACAAAACCUAAUGUAAGUCAUGCAAGGCGUGCAGAAAUAUUUUCAGCAUUUAAGUUAUUUCAAAAUAAAGCUUUUUUUAUUUUGUAUUAUUUAUAACUUCAUUUACUUUUAAGAUAAUGUUCUUCCUAGAUUAUGCAUUGCAGUCUGCACUGUACUUUUAAAGGCGAUGUUCAAUAGUAUUCAAUUGCUUAAACUCUCCCAGCUUCGAAAUGAAAAUGUAUUUGUGUUUACAUUGAAUGUAAAGCUUAAGAUGCUUCCUCAAGAGGUACAUUCAAAGUUUCCAGUUUAAGAAUCUCUUAUUAUAUCAGCGCAGCUUUGGUGAGACGUUUGUUUGUCUUUUGAUAUCAGUUAUGUAACUUCCAAGACGUGUUGGUGUAAAAGCAGACUGUUCUCAGAGCAAUAGGAGUCAUUUCUCUCCGCACCCAAAUAUGAGCAAUGCACUGCCCUGCUGAAGGUUUGUAAUUAUGUACUGUACGUGGGUGUGCGAAUGUACAGUUUCUUUAAAGGCAGUCUUAACCAUUGUUCUUUUUCUGAAAACAUCUCAACAUGUUUCGAGCCAAAGAAAGCGAUUGUUAGACAUUUGUGAGACUUGCACUAACAUGUGGUAAUGCUUUCCUAGGAGCUUCAAAGAGGGAAACUGUUUAGGAAGUAAGUGAAUACUCUGAACACUUUGUUAAAACGCUGAUUCUUACUGCAGUUGUUCACUUUUGACGUUUGUGGAUUUUUGUUACUUUAUUUAUUGUGUUUUGCUACAGCUGUAAACUUGCCUGUGACUUAGGAACACUUCUCGAUCCUGUUCAACUCUCCUCCCGUAAAGAACUCUUGUAAAUAGGAAUUUUCUGCCUGUCGGGUAUUAGUUGUCUGAAUUGUGCUGUAAUUCUGUAACGCCAGAUUUGCUAAAAUAAGGAAUCAAUAAACAAAUUCUAAAAGCUGG